AAGGGGAGGAACUAAUUAAUUUGCAUAUAGUCAGGGUGUAAAGUGAUAUUACAUUAUUACUAGAUACCAAUACAUAUGUUCCCGCCCUCGAUUUUGCACCGCCCUACUUGUUACUUUGCCCCUGUUUUCUCGCUGAACGGAAAGCCUGAAACGGGAAGAAGGGUGCAGAACCGGAUAAGUGCACAUGGGGGAGACGUCAGAGUCGGACGGAGCAGCUCGGCCAUGGCAGUCUUACCACGCCGUUUAUACAAACGCUAAAGCAGGAAUGGAUGGAGUUGACAAGGAGAAAGUGCAGAGGAUAGUUUAUGAGAUGAGCAAAGGAUCCAAAUAUUUUGAGAAUGAGGAACGCAAGGAAGCCUUCAUAAGACAAAAAGUUGAUAAUAUGCGUGCUCGGUGUGCAAAGCUCACAGCAAUGGAUAUGUCUCAUUAUCAAAUGGUUGCAGAUAAAAGAAUUUUUGAGUUGGAAGCUACUCGUGAUCUCUCAAAAAGUUGGCUUCAUGUUGAUAUGGAUGCUUUCUAUGCUGCUGUUGAGACAUUAGCGAAUCCUUCGUUGAAGGGGAAGCCAAUGGCUGUUGGCAGCAUGUCUAUGCUCUCCACUGCUAAUUAUGAGGCACGGAAAUUUGGUGUUCGUGCUGCAAUGCCUGGUUUCAUUGCACGUAAAUUGUGCCCAGAAUUGAUUUUUGUUCCAAUAGAUUUCGAAAAGUAUACUUAUUACAGCGACUUAACUAGAAAAGUGUUCCAGAAAUAUGAUCCCAAUUUCAUGGCAACUAGUUUGGAUGAGGCAUACCUUGAUAUAACAGAGGUCUGCAAAAGAAGGGGCAUUAGCAGUGGAGAAAUUGCAGAAGAACUCAGAAGAGGAGUUUAUAAGGAGACUGGUCUUACAUGCAGUGCUGGGGUGGCACCAAAUCGGUUACUUGCUAAGGUUCCUUUCCACUCGUAUAAAGUCACAACCUUGUUAAAAUAA